GUCAGGCUGCCUGGUAUUUAAACACCACAUCCUGUAGCGCUUCAUAACGGAGCCAUCUAUCCAUCUCACUGCUGUGUCCCCGGGAUCUGCUCACUGAAGAUAUUGCAAAAUGGCGCUGGUUUCAGAGUUCCUGGGCCAACUCACAUUGAGUUAUGGUGGGGAAAAAGAGCCCAAAUUCCCCACCGUGGUGCCAGUGCGUGACUUUGACCCAGCCAAAGAUGCCGCCCGGAUCGAAACAGCCAUCAAAACAAAGGGAGUUGACGAACAGACCAUCAUUGAUAUCCUGACCAGGCGGACCUAUGACCAAAGGAGGGAGAUUGCGUUCGAGUAUGAAAAAAUUGUCAAGAAGGAUAUGAUCACAGCCCUGAAGGGGUCACUGUCCGGCUCCCUUGAGACUGUAAUACUGGGCCUGAUGAAGAGUACCACCCAGUAUGACGCCUCCGAACUCAAGGUCUCAAUGAAGGGCUUGGGAACAGAUGAAGAGAGUCUCAUUGAGAUAGUUUGCUCCAGAACCAGCGAUGAACUGGCCGAGAUCAAAAUGAUUUACAAAGACAUGUUUAAGAAGGAGCUGGAGAAGGAUGUGGCUGGCGACACGUCAGGAAAUUUUGCUAAGCUCCUGCUGGCCCUUGUUCAGACCAAGAGAGACGAGCCUUCUAAUGUGGUUGACUAUGAGAAAAUUGACCACGAUGCACGGGCUCUGUAUGAGGCAGGUGUGAAGAAGAAAGGCACAGAUGUCGCCACUUGGAUCUCCAUCAUGUCUGAGAGAAGCGUCCCCCACCUACAGAGAGUAUUUGAUAGAUACAAGAGCUACAGCCCCUUCGACAUGAAAGAGAGCAUCAAGAAGGAGGUGAAGGGAGAUCUGGAGAAGUCCUUCCUCACACUAGUGGAGUGCUUUGAAAACAAACAGCUGUACUUCGCCAACAGGCUCAACGAAGCUAUGAAGAGUAAAGGGGCGAAGGAGAAGGUGGUGACCAGAAUAAUUGUGUCUCGCUGUGAAGUUGACCUCAUGAAGAUCCGCACAGAGUUCAAGAAGCAGCAUGGGAAGUCCCUGUACCAGACCAUUUUUGAGCACACCAAGGGAGACUACCAGAAGGCGUUGCUGAGUCUGUGUGGAGGAGAUGACUAAAACGGAACCAGAUUUGGACUCAUUUUUCCAGAAGGCCAUUACGUUUAAAGUAUUCCCUUUGUAGGGAGCUUUUGUCAGUGUCCACGCAGCCUGAAGCAGUGUUUGUCCAUAUUUUUACAGUGUUAGCGUCCUUGCAUUUUAAUUCAUAAAAAACAAAAACAAAAACAAAAACAACAUAUUUUGUGAUCUUUGCUGGCUUGUGGUUGGCUCAGAUCGGAAAACUGACGUGUUGGCUGUUUUUGCAACGGAGUGGAAACAAUAUGUUCAGAUAAUGCUACUUUUGCAGUAAUGUGUAGCUGAGCUGUAAUACUCUUGAGAAUGUCCUGUUUUGAAGUAAAGUCUUGACUUUUGAAGUACGGUAUUGGCCUCGUGUGCUGUUUCGUCAACACGCCGCUAGAGGGCGGUAGAGCAACAUCAAGCACGUGCCCUCCACAUCCAGGAGCCUUAGCCACUAUUCAUUUGAUAGUUUACUCGACCAUAAAAAAAUAAAAGAACAUUUUUAAAAAAAAUAAAAGAAAAACAACUUUUCAACUUUUGCAAGCAGCUUUCUGGAAAACUAUAUUUCCUGAACAUGGCCGAGUUGCGAUCCACUGAUUUUAUGUUGAAAAUACAUCCUGGCGAAAGAAAAAGUGUGGAAUGGGAGCGAACCCCGAUAUGGAUUUGCAGAAGACGUUCCGUCAUUUCUGAACUUACUUCCGGGGAAUUAGCUCUGACGUAGAGACCAGUACCAUGCGUGUUUCUCAUGGUUAAAGUAAGACUGCUGGUUAAUAACUGCACCCCCGUAG